GAAGUAGAUGUGAUAAAAACGUCAAAAUUAAAGAGGGAAGAAAAUAAUGAAAAAGAUCCACGAAUAACAGUGAAAUGGGGCUGAUUAUUGCAGAUUGUAUCCAAAAAUACUCAACAUAUAUGUACCAUUAGACUUAUGGUAACAGAUUAUUUAAGGGACAAAGCAUGAAUGAAGUCAUGGAAAAAAUCUCUGAUGAAACCACCAAACUGAAUCUUGUAAAGAAAGAUCUGAACAAUGGUAACAGUUCAGAAAUCGAGAAACAUUCUGAACCGGCCAUUGAUCUGUUCCUGGAGAAUAAUUUGAAUAGCCAAGAACGUGAAGCUUUUCUUCAGGAGCAAAUACCAGGAACUUCAGAAGAACAAGCCAGCACAUCGGCAAGCGACCAGGUUGAAAGAAGGUUAGGCCCUGUGUCACCUAGAAAACGGAAGACUCAAACAGCUGUAGUGAGUGAAGCCUUCCAUUUCCUGCGCUGUGAGGAUGAUGCAGAAAAGAAUGUAGAAUUGGUUCGUAUUCCUCCAGAGGGAUGCGAGUCGGUAGAAAAUGUAGCGCAAAUUGUCUCAAAUCACACCAGUGAUGCAUUAAAUAAUUCUGUAAUAUACCAUUCACAUUCAUAUCAAGAAAUGGGAUCAAUCACAGUUGAUAACUUGGUUUGUUAUGAUGACGAUGUAGUGAACUGUUCUAGAAGUAGCAUUGAAAUAGAUGGCUGUGAAUCAGAAUCUGAUGUUCCAAUGCCGAAGAGUGCUUCCGUUACUACCGAUUUAAAUAGUACUGCUAAGAAUAUUACUACUGAUACGGAUAGUACUGCUAAAAACAUUACUACAAUAUCUGUUUCGAAUUUUAAAAUAGGUAACACUAAAAAUGUUGAUUUGGAAAAGACAGACAGCAAAGAAAGACAAAAUCUUGAGGGUUCUGAAUUCAAUUCUGGUACUUUAGCCUACACUAAAAAUGUUGAUUUGAAAAAGACCGGCAGCAAAGAGACCAAGAGACAAAAUCUUGAUGGUUGUGAAUUCAAUUCUGAUAACUCAGCAUCUGGCAGCAUUGUGAAGAUUAGUGCUUCUGAUGAUACUAAAGAUAUUAAGACAACCUCAACUUGUGCUUCAAAUCAUAAAAUAAACAAUGUUGGCAGCAACAAAGAAUGUGUGGUCAAUCAUGAUACAGUUAAAUGUAAUAGCCUGGAAAAAGAUUUAUCAAAUAAUUCGGUUGAUCUGCAAGACUCUUCAGAAUCUCUCAAGUCUGAAAAUUUGGACAUAUUAGGAAGUGAGUCAAGUUCGAUAACGACAUCUCCCGAUCAAAACGAGAUAAGUGCAAUCAGUGAAAAAGAAGUGGUACUGCGUCGACAAUCUGAUAAAAAGCUUAAACCGAUAUCGAAUGCUGAAUUAAGUGAUGACUCUUCAGAUGAGGACUCAGGUAUUUACGCAGAAAGUCAUCGUAAUUCAACCUGGAUUCAAGUGCAAGAUGAUGAAUAUUUGUUAAAUGACACGAAAAAUGACAAAAUUGCAGACGAACCAAAAUCGGGAGAGCUGACCAAUCAACGAAAUUCAGGCACAUUACUACGUUUAAUAUCUGAAGAUGACACUGUCUUUAGUGAUGGAUCUCGGUCUCUCCCCAUUAUGGGACACAAGAGAUCUGACUCUAACACAACAACCCUUUCGGAGACUGAAUUUAAACGUGAGAGAUCUUUCAAGUCACGCAGAAGAUGUCUAAUACAAAGACAAGAGAGUCAACAAGAAUAUCAUCGCCUUUCUGCCAAGGUUUAUGAUCAAGAGAAACUUAUAGUUGUAGAGAAAAAACCAACAGAUACAGAUUUUGGUCUACAUAUUUUGGACAGUCAUCCUGCAUUUAUUACUUCAGUAGACCCAGAUAGUCCUGCUGAAAGAUGUGGUAUUCAAGAAGGACAAAUUGUGAUAUCUGUCAAUGGUGUGAAUACUUUAGAACUGUCUCAUGAAGAAAUUGUCACACUGGUGCAAAAAUAUAAUAAGAUAGUGAGGUUGGAAGUGGCUUAUAGUGAUUUUCAACCAGUACGUGAUUUACAGAAGACUGUAAUGGGUGGUUAUAUGUUAAAGCUAGGAACGUCAACGCUUGUUAAAAUGUGGAAGAAAAGAUAUUUUGUUCUACGACAAGACAAUUGUCUCUACUAUUAUAAAACUGAUCAGGAAUUGGAUCCACUUGGUGCUAUACCCCUAUCAGGUUAUUGUAUAUCACGAUAUACAGAUACAACAAAAGAAUUCUGUUUUAAAGCCGAGAAAUAUGGAGCCCGUACUUAUUAUUUUAUGACAGACAGUCGAGAAGAAAUGUCACAGUGGGUUGGUGUACUAACAGAAGCUGCAGCAAGAUGCAAGAAACGAAAAGAUUCUUGGUUAGAAGUCAGCAGUCAUAAUGUAGGGUUACCUGCCCUUGAAAUACGUAAACCGGAAUGUACAGGUCAUCUGACUAAACUAGGUCAGCAACAUAAAACAUGGCAGAAACGUUACUGUGUGUUAAAAGAUGGCUGUAUAUAUUAUUACAAAUCAAUGAGUUCACUUAGUGCUAAAGGUGUUGUUCAUCUCCAUGGUUACACCGUAGAUGGAUGUGGUUUGAAUAAUAAAAGAUUUAGUUUGGUACUUCAUCCUCCUAGUAAAAAUAUGCGGACAUUUUACUUCUGUGCUGAUAAUCAGACUGACAAACAAAGAUGGGUGGAUGCUCUAACAAGGUCUAUACAACGAUGGAUACGAGUAGACAAUUAAUUCUUCAAUGUUGAUCAUGUUACCAUAGAAACCAUAAAGUAUAAAGCUCACACUUGCUCACUCAGUGUUCAUCAAUUACCAUAGAAACCAUAAAGUAUAAACAGACAAGUCUUUCUUUCUCUAAGCUCACACAUCUAAGUGUAUAAAUUCUAUUGAUUCAUGUAAAUAUUAAUAAUUAUAAAAAAAAAAAUGGAAAUUACGAAGGAUGUUUGUAUUCUCGGCAAACCUUAACAGACUUCAGUACCCCACAUCUACUGUAGCCUUGGCUGUAUGACGAGUUCCGCCAUUGGAUUACAAAUGGCGUCGCCCAUAAUGACGUCUGUGGAGAGUGUUUUAUCAUACAAAGCUUUCAAUGUCUGAAGCUGUUUUUCUUGCAAUAUUUUCCAAUUUUCUUUAAACAAAAGACAACUUUGCAAUGAAAAUUCUAUGAACUGUUUGAACGACGCAAUAUUAAGAACUUCUUUAUAAAAGCGUCAAAUUUUUGGGUUAAGUAAACUGGUAGCCACGUCGCAAUUGUAUAGGUGUAGAUACAUAUCACCUACCAUUAUACAACCAAGGCUAGAUGUAGGGUACCAGAGUCUGAUGAGGUUUGCCGAGUGACAUAACAAUAACAAAUUGCAAGCCUUGAGUGCUAUUGAAAUCUUCGUGUCUAAAUUCUAAUUAAUAAAUAUGAUAAAAUUACACAGAUAAAAUUCUUGUUAAAACACAACAAAUUGCAGGUCCAAUUUAUUUUGAAAAAAUGUUUUCAUUUUAAUAAUGGGCUUAAUCAUGAAAUGGCAUUUUUCUGUCCGUGAAUAAAAUUUUAGCAGACUACAUUUAUGAAUGAAAGCAGCAUUCAAAAUGUGUUUUCAUUUUAAUAAUGGCCUUUUUAUAUUUUAAUAAUGGAUUUUCUGUCCAUUAAUAAAAUUUAGGUGGACUGUGUUUAUGAAUGAAAUAAGCAUUCAAAAUGUGCACCUUUUGUUUCAAGACAUUUUUUGCAAAUUCAUAAAGCAGUUUGUUGUGACAUUGACUGCCUUUGAUGUAGUUUUUGGUCUAUGGUUCUAAUUAGGUUACGAUUACAUUGCUAUUGUCUGUGAGAUGCAGAAAAUCUUCUUUUUUCUUUUUUUUUUUUUUACCUGAGCCUGUGCUCUUUCAAGUUAGAACACCUAUCAGCUAUCACCAAUAUAAAAAAAAGGGUUAACUUUUAUAUUGACACCAUUGAUCUCAAAUUUUGUAAACAUCCGAUUUUUUUAUUUAAACUAUUUGCAUUAACAAAUCAUGUAAGCUUUAAAAAAAGAUUAAAACUCAAAUUGUGGCAUGGACCAAUCAAUAAGAUGCAUUAUGUAAGAAAAAAAUUUGUCUAUGGCAGGUCUUUUUUAUAACUUCAGAUGUUAUAUAAACUAAUAUUUAAGCAUUUAUUAACAUGACAAACCCAUAAUCAACUUUCUGGGCCGUCGGAUGGCUUCAAUUUAAAGUAAAUUAGAACACUCUGACCAUUUACAGGGGGGUUGGAUGGUCAAAUGGUUAGCACACGCGCACUGUUUCAUACAAUCUGUCAUUAAGUCAACUGGCGGGGGUUUCGAUUCCCUGGUUGUACGUGACAAGGAGUAGGGUCGCCUGUCCAACCUCGCGGGUUUUCUCCGGGUCCUCUGGUUUCCUUCCACUGGUAAAGACCCCUACGCACAAGCGAAUUAUGUAAAUAAAAUUAAAAAAUGUGUUAGUCCCGAAAUGACCUAGUUUGUGUCGAGUGGACGUUAAACCCUACUUCUCUCUCUCUCUCUCUCUCUAGCUUCAGAUGUUAUAUAAACUAAUAUUUAAGCAUUUAUUAACAUGACAAACCCAUAAACAACUCUCUGGCCCAUCGGAUGGCUCCAAUUUUAAGUAAAUUAGAACACUCUGGCCAUUUACAAGUUUAACAAUAAAAUAGAUUGUUGCUACAAUAAUAAACAGAAUAAAAUGAUUUCAUUGAAAUUUCCAAUAUAUACAUUUUUCAUUAUCCAUUUUUUUAAACUAUUAUACCAAGAACGACCAGCCCUUGCUCUCAUUCUUACAGAAUGCAUAUUUAACUAUUAUAGAAAGAACUGACAGCUGUUUAUCUAAAUCUUACAUAAUGCAUCUUUAAUAGAGAUAUAAUAUAUUUGUAUUAACUUUUAACACUUUAAUUAUCAGCUAAAUAUUUUUUCUUGGAAUGUCUCAAUUUUAUUUCAUAUUCAAUUCAACCAUUGUUUUUACCUUUAUGCUAUGAAUAACUAAUGUCUCUAUUGCUGAAUUUUAUAAGUAUUUCAGAUGAUGAAACUGUUGAUGAGCUUAUGUUUCGUUGCCUGGCAACCAAUUUGUAAACACUUUUUGUAAAAAAUAUGUCAUGGUGAAAUGAUACAUUGUUUAAAUGAACAUAUGAGAUGACAAGAUGAUUUGUUAAACCUUUUACCACUUGUUGCAUGUAAAUAUUGACAACCCUUGUUCAUUGAAGAAAAUUAUAGAGUGAUAUAGUUCAUAACGGGCAUGUUCCUGGACACCUCCAAACUGCUGUUUCUAAACAGCCCUGUGUUGUAGGAACCUACCAGUUCUUGGAGGCGCUACAGCUGUUUAGGUAACUUUGGUGGUUUGUGGCGGUCUAAGGAGCACUAGUCAAGCCAGGACAAGGCACCUGUUACAAGCUUGGUCAAGUACAAAUUAUUAUACAGUGUAUAUGCACAAGCCUGGACACAAGGCAUCUGUCAUAGACAUUGUCAGGCAAAAUUAUUACAUAAUGUACAUAUACAACAAGCCUGGACACAAGGAACUUGUCAUAGACUUUGUCAUACACAGGUUAUCACACAAUGUAUAUAUACAAGCCCGGACACAAGGCACUUGUCUCGACAUUGUCGGGCAUAAAUUAUCACACAAUGUAUCCUGGACAUAUGGCCCCUGUCGUGGAGGUUGUCAUUUGUUGGACACAGAUCAGUGCACAAUGUAUAUAUAAUACAAGCCUCACCAUAAGGCACUUGUCACAGUCAGACACAAAUUAUCACGCAACCUAUAUAUUACAGGUGAUAAGCGAGGUUGGAUGGUCUAGUGGUUUAACACAUGCUUGUGAAAUCACAAGGUCUGUCAUUGAGUCCAGUGGCGUGGAUUCGAUUCCCCACUUGUACAUGACAGGAGUAUGGUCGCCUGUCGAAACCUUGUGGAUUUUCUGUGGGUCCUCCAGCUUCUUCCACUGCUAAAGACUCCUACGCGCGAUCGAAUUAUUGAAAUAAAAUUGAACCAUGUUAGUCCAGAAGUGACUAGUUUGUAUUGAGUGGACAUUAAACCCCAUUUCUCACUCUCCUUCUCUCGGGGUGAUAAGGGUCUGGAACACUAGUUGGUAGUUAGAUCACCUGUGCUCUAGACCCUCCUAUUUGCAUCUGUGACAUGUGCCUAUGUCCAGUUAAAGACAGUUUCAAGGAAGGUCCAAAUGAGUUGUGUUGUGUUGAGCAAACGUUAAACAACAUUUCUCACUCUCAAUCUCUCGAAGGGAUAAGGGUCUAGAACACUGUAGUUAAAUCACCUGUGUGCUCAAAACCCUCCAAUUUGUGUCUUGUGAUGGGUGCCUUAUGUCCCGUUAAAGGGUGUUUCGAGGGUGGUCAGAGUGAUAAAGGGUUAUUUUUGUUUUGACAAUGUUUUGAAUAACUUAUAAUUAAUAUUUGUAAUGAGUGUAUAAAUUUCAUUUAAUUUGAUUUCAUGGUGAACGAAUAAUGUCAAAAUGUCUGUUAUAAUUUUUGUUGAUAUUAGCAUUUGUUUGUUUAUUUGAUUUUUAAUUGUUUAAUUUUGUUGAACGUGCUAUGGACAGUAUAUAUACUUGAAGCCUCUGAUCGUCAAAUACUUGUUUGGGACAAUAUAUUUUGUGGUGGGCGGGGAAACAAUAUGUAAAUUUUUGGGGAACAAUGUAUA